AGGCUAAUCACGUUUCGUUUCUCUGUUCUCCGCCAUUUUGUAAGGGUAUAAGAAAAGUCGGCCAAGCAAAACAGACCUGAUGGUCUAAUCAAACUGUGUAACUAUCUAGUGUUGUGUUGUGCAAUGGACGGCCGUCCAGAGACUGAUUUGUAUCACAUGGGAUCCACUUACGUCACUGAACUAGACAGUGUCCAUGAUAUUACAGUUGGUACAAAGAGAGGAUCAGACGAGCUUUUCUCCUGCGCCUCAAACGGACCCAAUAUAAUGACCUGCGCAGCAGCCUAUGGCAAUGACAGCAAGAAGUUCAAAGGUGACAUAAGGAGCCCGGGCAUCCCGUCGCGUGUAAUCCACAUGCGCAAGCUCCCCGACGACAUCAACGAGGCUGAGGUCAUCUCCCUGGGCCUGUCCUUUGGUAAAGUCACCAACCUGCUCAUGCUCAAAGGAAAAAACCAGGCCUUCGUAGAGAUGAACACGGAGGACGCGGCCCAGGCCAUGGUCAGCUAUUAUGCCUCUGUGACGCCCGUCAUCCGCAACCAUCCCAUCUUCCUGCAGUACUCCAACCACCAGGAGCUCAAGACUGACAACUCCCCCAACCAAGUGAGAGCCCAGGCGGCACUGCAGGCGGUGAACGUAUUGCAGACGGGGGGCAUGCCCAUGGCAGGGGUGGAUGCCUCGGCCGGCAUGAGCGGGGCCAGCCCCGUCCUGCGUGUCAUAGUGGAGAACCUCUUCUACCCAGUCACCCUGGAUGUGCUGCAUCAGAUCUUCUCCAAGUUCGGAGCGGUGCUGAAGAUCAUCACUUUCACCAAAAACAACCAGUUCCAGGCCCUGCUGCAGUACUCGGACGGCCUGACUGCUCAGCACACGAAACUUUCUUUAGAUGGGCAGAACAUCUACAACGCCUGCUGCACCCUCCGCAUCAACUUCUCCAAGCUGACCAGCCUGAAUGUGAAGUACAACAACGACAAGAGCCGGGACUACACGCGUCCCGACCUGCCCACGGGGGACAGCCAUCCCUCAAUCGACCACCAGGCUAUGGCUGCAGCCUUCGGUGAGUACUAUGGUCCUCCCGGGAUUAUCUCGGCCAACCCAUAUGCGGGAGCUCACGCCUUCCCCCCAGCCUUCACCAUUCAGCAAGCUGCAGGCCUGACGAUGCAGGGGCUUCCUGGAGGCCUGGCCCAUCUGACCAUGCCUGGGGCUGCAGCAGCUGCAGGCAGAAUGGGCUUCCACCAACUCACCGGUGGCAACUGUGUUCUGCUGCUUAGUAACCUCAACCCAGAGAGAGUUACGCCCCAAUGCCUCUUUAUUCUUUUCGGUGUAUAUGGUGAUGUAAUGAGAGUGAAGAUCCUGUUCAACAAGAAGGAGAACGCUCUGAUCCAGAUGUCUGAUGGGACUCAGGCGCAGCUAGCAAUGAGCCAUCUGAAUGGCCAGAGGCUACACGGGACAGCGCUGCGAGUCACCCUGUCCAAACACACCAACGUUCAGCUGCCCCGUGAGGGCCUCGAGGACCAGGGCCUGACAAAGGACUACAGCAACUCCCCUCUGCACCGCUUCAAGAAGCCCGGCUCCAAGAACUACUCAAACAUAUUCCCUCCCUCAGCCACCCUGCACCUCUCAAACAUCCCUCCCUCUGUGGUUGAGGAUGACCUUAAGAUGCUGUUUGCGAGCUCUGGUGCAAUGGUCAAGGCCUUCAAGUUCUUCCAGAAAGACCGCAAGAUGGCUUUGGUCCAGAUGGACUCAGUGGAGGAGGCCAUCGAGUCCCUUAUCAAGUUCCACAAUCACGACCUGGGCGAGAACCACCACCUGAGGGUGUCCUUCUCCAAAUCCACGAUCUGAGGGGGCAGCCCAAAACGCUACUGCUAACGGGCCGUAGUGAGUUGUGGUGACUCGGGCUCUUCAUGGUAGCCUCAACCACAGAAUUCACUUACAUCAUUCCUAGUAUAUGAUAUUUAUAUACACAAAGCUAUAUACAUUGAUCUAUGGAAAAAGUAAUUUAACACCUGGUUUUACAUUCUUAGUUUUCUAUUAUCUUGCCUUUUUGAGGUGAAUGAAUUCCUUGCUCUGUCUCUCUGCACAGACACAAGUAGUUUACACUUGCCUUUCUGAGUCUGACUAAAGACUCUCACCUAGCCUAAACUUCAGCCUACUGGAAAGUUCCAUUUGCCUUUGGGGUCCAGUACCACUAGGCACUGAGGUACUUCUGUGAUGCCUCAUGUCCUCUUUGCCUUCUGAUGUUUUCUGUGCCUUACUAAAGAAGUCUUACGUCCUUCAAAUUUAUAUUUUGGGCAUUUUACAAGAUAAUUGUUUUGGCCAUCUUCCCCCUCUCAAACCCUUUGUUUGCAAAGACCAGGUUUACAGCUGAUUUAUGGGUUUACCAUUUUGUAUGAAAUGUAUUACAAGGUUGUCCCCCCCCCCCCCCCCCAUAUAUCAUGAAGGUGUCUUUUUUAAAUAUUUUUUUGCCUUGUUUUAAAGCGCCCUCUUGUUUUAAAAGUUGAGAUAACUAGUUGCAAGAUUCAAUCCACAUGUUAUAUGUACAUACACACCCACAUGCCGGUACAAUGGGUUAUGUGAUUCAUAUUCCUAGUCUUGUUUAAUGUAUCUCUAGAUGUAGGUUGUUUAGAAUUUUCUGAAAUGUAUGCAAUCAUUUUUGUACAAAUCCAAUAUUGGCCACAAUUGUUAUUCCAAUAUACUGUUUGUUGUAGACAGGUCUUCGUCAGUGGUUGCCUUAACCACUGUGCCUUUGCAAAAGGUCUAUUGGCUGAGCUUUCCUGAUAAAAGUAUAUUGUUUAUGAUUUUUGUCCUAAUUGCUUGCCUCCCUCUGAUGCAGUGACUGUUUGAUUUAGUACAUUUGUACAACUUCUGUCAUACACUUCAGCUCAAAACCAAAUGAGGCUUUUUUGCAAGUUAUUGUAGCUAACAUGAGACUCACAGCUUUAUUCAUAGUUCACUACCAGUGUGGGAGUCUGCCCGCACAUUGUUGCACAUUUACAAGGCUCUUUUGAGUCUUACACAUAUGCAGACUAUUUGCGACUGUGCUGCUGUGAUCUAUGAAUUAAGCCUCUCAGUUCGUCAUUCAUCUUGGCAUUAAACUGUCAUAUCAUUUACAAUUGCGUCUAAGAACGAAUGAUGGUCAUUUUACAUGUGUGAAUAUUUUCAAAAGUCUGUCACUCAAGUGUUCACAAAGGCCUUCUCAUGAGGGGUUAGUAGACUUAUGUUACAGGGCUGUAACUUACUUCAUUCAGUCAAUGCUGAAAGCGGCUAUAUAGCACCCUCUCUUUCAUGGUAGUCUAGGAACUGGACUCGUCUGGACAACGUGCCUCUCAAUUUGAGAUCCAUUUAGCAAUUUUUGGACAGGUGCUUUUCAAACAUUGGGGCCUUUUUUUGGUCUGUUGUAAUGAAUGUAUAUGUUGUUUCUGGCUUACAAGCCCUCAGACUUGUAGGAAUUGCACACGUCAGACAACUAUAUGUCAGCAGUGACUCUAUAUGCUGGCUACAUUGAUGGACACGUUGUAGACCACUUAUGAAUAGUUAUUUGAAAGGUUGGUAUUAAUACAUAGAUAUUUCACUUGUGCAUCAUUUUCUGUUGGAAAUGUUGAGUAAGUGGUUCUUUUAGUUUUUCACAAUUUAGUUGUGCAUCAACUCCUCAGUUUCUCCCAAUGUUGACCUGGUGCAAAAGCAAUAAUAUAAUUUCAGGGUCAGAGGGCUCAGCUGUUUUGUUCAAUCACUUGAGGUUCCUUGACCAUAUCAGUUUAUUACAUGCUAACCUAUGCAUGGACUCCAAUGUAGAAGAAUCACAAUUUCUAGACUCAACCUGACUUAAGGAUAAGUGACACUUGCUUCUAUAUCAAUAUGUAGCAUGUGUUGACAAUAAAGCCCUUUUACGUACUUUGCAUACCCCAGGCCAUAGCAAGAUUGGGUUGAUCAAUUAUGCAAAAUUGCAAAGCAUUUAAAAUAAUUACAACCUUGAUCACUAAAGAUGGCAGAUU